AACAAUCGACUACUUCCGGUUCAGAGGUCGUGUUGUAAGGAAGAGCUACAAACAAAUACUUCUUAUCGUCGUUAUAUACAACUCUUUCACUCGGUUGUAAUAGUGUAUUGUUGAAAUGUUUAAUGUUCACAAUUUAUAACCGGUCAGUUGCCGAUUUGACGGUCGAAUGAUGUGCUCACCGACACUUUCAGAAGAGCAGCAAAGAGAGUUGGCAAGAAAUCUUACAUAUUUUCUGUCGACAUACAAACACAUCUCCGAUUCCUUCAUAAUUGAAUUCUUCAGUGAGGAUCUAUGGGCUACAUUGCCUACCAGAUGGCAACAGAUCCUCUGUGACCUGUCACCCCCACAAAUAGCUGACCUCCUAUUGGACAGAUUGAAUAUGAAUAGAAGCUACUCUUGUGUAUGGCCUCUUUCACUAUUGGCUUUCCGGGCCACCGCGCAUGCCCUGACGUUCCCCAGGACACCCCAGGGCAAGCGGAGACAUGAAGUGGGCAUGCUGAAGCCAGAGGAGUUCUUGGAGAACAAGAGUCAGAGCUCACUGCUGGGACACAUAUUUAGGAAACAUGUGAAACCCAAGAAGCAGCAUGAGAUCCGGAGUCUGGGAACGUUGGUGAAGCAGCUUUGUGACCUGACAGACUGCAGUAGUGUGGUGGAUGUGGGUUCUGGACAGGGCCAUUUGACUCGUUUCUUGUCUUUUGGGCUUGGUCUGUCUGUGACUGGAAUUGAGGCUGAUCCCACUCUAGUUUCCAUGGCAUCCAAAUAUGACGGACAGCUUCUGUGGACGCUGGAGAAGGAGCGGCAGAGGAAUAAUGGACCUCCAAUCUCUAGAUCUGGCCCCUCACCCUGCCAUGUGGCUGGCUGGGUCAACCCCAAAGCAUCAUGGAAAGACUUCGUCAAGCAGGUAGGAAAUGGUAAAUGUGUCUGUGAGGAUCAGACCGCUCCGGCUGGAUCCAGUAAGAAGAGACAGCGGGAGUCCAUGUCAGAAGCUAAUCAGCAACAUGGUCACGGAGACCAGCCUGUGUUGACUGCAGAAUCAGAAUUCCUGGGUUGUUCAGACAAUGGCCAGGCUGCAUCCCCACUCAAGAAUAAUGACAAUACAUGUACAAACUCUUUUACUAGGGUAAAACAUGAACCCCGGUCUGGCUCACUCUUGUUUCCAAAACGUCUCUGCAAGACUGAAGCCGGGCAAGGCCCAUAUGUCCACCCAUUCUGCCAAGAGAGUUCAUCCACAGAAGUUGUCUGCCCUGUAGAAGAGGAGCAGGAAUGUCCAGAUUUGAUCCUAACUGGCCUCCAUGCCUGCGGGGACCUCAGUGCCACCCUCCUUCGCCACUUUGCCAGCUGCCCUCACGUUCGUGGCAUCACCUCCGUGGCGUGCUGCUACAUGAAGAUCACCACCAGUGAGAACCCCAACCCCCCUGGCCUCAUAGCCCCUCCCCUAUCCCCUUUGCCCACCAGUGAGGCAUCUCACUCAGAGUUUGGCUACCCAAUGAGCUCCUGGGUGCAGGGUUUGCCGGGACACCAGCUGUCCUAUAAGGCGCGGGAGGGGGCGUGUCACGCCAUAGAGGACUACAUGCACAGGCUGCGGGAGGAGAGUGGGUUGCUAAGGAUGCACUGUUAUCGGGCAACCCUAGAGACAGUUAUCAGGGAGGCGAAGCCAGAGCUGCGCAGGCCGGGAGUCCAGGCAAUAAAGAAAGCACAUCUACUACCCUUUACAGAGUAUGCCCGUCUGGGUCUGCCCCGCGUUGGCCUGCCCCCUGACCUGCCCCUGGACACCUGCAGAGUGGGGGCCAUGCUGAGGCAGGAGGGUCGUGUGGUGGUCUACUUCAGCCUGGCUCUACUACUGGCACCAGUGGUGGAGACACUGGUGCUGCUGGACAGGAUGCUAUACCUGCAGGAGAAAGGUAUAAAGAGUCAGCUGGUGCCACUCUUUGACCCUGCGUUGUCUCCCCGAAACCUGGUACUGAUGGCUUUGAAGCAGCCGACAAGGGACAAAGAGACUGAGUGCACCCUUCCGUAACCAAGGACACCUCUAGAACUAUGUGUUGUGUUCAGAGUUUACACCCUUACUCAUUGGUGCUCAAGGACUUGAGUGUAAGUUUAGAAGUGAGUAGCUGUCUGAAUAUCCAUACUAGCAUACUUCAACUGUAUACUAUGUACUCAUUGUCACAAACUAUUUUUCACAUACUGUCUGAAUAGAAUAGUAAUGGAGUUAUAGUUGUCUUGAUGUCCUUUGGGUUGUGAACCAUUCUUGAUACACAUGGGAAACGUGUGUGAAAAACCCAGCAGCGUUGCAGUUCUUGACACAAACCUGUGCUCUUGGCACCUACUACCAUACCCUGUUCAAAGGCACUUACAUCUGAUUUUCGUUUCAUUAACAUUUAGUCAAAUCCAAGUGCAUAUAUAAAUGAAAUCAAAUACCCUAGUACACACACAAACUUUUCAAAUGUUCAAAUCGACAAAAAAAAACAGUCAGGUGCGUCGCAAAUUCAAAACUGCUGGACAGCAACAUAAAACUAAAGCACUGAUAAUUGGGAAUGACAUCAGAACACUUUAAUGAGAACAGAAAUCCACUUUGGGUGAAAAAAAAAAGAAUUCAAAAGAUGUAGCCUAUGACGCUACACUCAUGAUCACUUUAAAGAGAACAAAAAACUACUUGGCCAACAUUACAUUUGAACACCACCGCAGAAGUGUUGCUAUUCAGCAUCUUUCUAAUUAAGUUGUUUAAUUUUGUUAGGCCCUAGUUCUAGUAGCCAAUCACUCGCAGCCCCUGUCUUCCAAUGCAUUGUGGAAAAAUGUGCAUAGAAGUAAACUAGAUGAGCUGAAAUGAGUAACAUUUAAACCAUACUUGAUAUUUGAAAAUUGCAUACUAUAAAACUUUGUUUUCCCAUACUGAGAAUGCGUCAUGCAAAAUUGCAUUGUUUCAUGUUAUUGGUUAAUUUUGGUAGCACAUCCCCAUAUCUGGUUGUCAAAGCUGAAAUAAGGAUAUCUGGCUAUUUAAAGUAUACUUGAUUUUCAAAAUGGUGCAUACUAUAAAACUUUUUUUUGCAUAAUCAAAAUAUUUAGGAUGCAAGUAUGGGUAUUCAGACAUGGCCAGAGUCAAAUGACUAAUUUCAUCAGAAUGUGGAAAGAAGUGAAGGGCACGCAACCAUACAAUGCAAUUGCUUUUUCAUAUUCAUGUCUGGACGAACUUGCUUUAAUGGAAUGUGCCCCUUUUCUUUCAAAUUGUGUAAAUGAAUAAAGACUAGUAUUUAGACUUGA